UAGCUUUUGUGUCAGGAUGGUGUCUGUGGUGUGUCAGUGUUUGUCCGUUGUUUCUGGCUAAAGGUAUCUGGUAUUUGGCGGCUUUAAUGUUCCGUGCAGCUAAUCUAAAAACCAUCGGCAAAGCGGGAACCGGCUGGCACUUUCGCCGGACGAUGGACGAGCUGGUCCAUGACCUGGUGUCAGCGCUGGAGGAGAGCUCAGAGCAGGCUGCGCGUGGUGGUUUUGGUGAUGGGGGUGACCAUGCACUGGCAGUGGGCUGUCUGCUGAAGAGGCAGGCUCGGAAGCGGAGGGGUAGAAAACGGCGCUCGGACAACCCACACCCACCCUGGGAGACGGGCCACCUCAGUGAGGGUUCGGAGUCCAGUGUGGAGGAACAUAAGGACUACCGUGCCAGCACAGGAGGUGUUUCUGCUGCCAACAGCCAUGCCCGUGACAACAGUGACUCGGAUGAACAACUUGGCCCCAAACGGCGCACUCCUCUCACCGCUGACAUGGGGCGAAGCAAGCGGCCACUUUGGCCAGACGACCUGGGUGUCCUGGGGUCUGCAGAGGGAACUCGCAGCCUCAGACGGCGACGUAAGGUCAAACGUAUGGCUGUAGACCCACCUGUAGAACCAGAACCCUCCUCCACCAUGCUCGGGCCUCCACCUGUCCCCAAAGCCCGUGCUGGUGGAAGACCACAUAGACUGGGUUCGAAUGAGGACAGGGGUGCUAUGGAGCUCUGUGGAGGUGGUCUGGUAGGACUGGGGGGAGGGAAAAACAGGGUGAAGAAGAGGAAACUGGCCACCCACAGGCUAGGAGUGGAGGCUGCAGAUGAAGGGGUGGUGGUCGAGAGUGAGGACACCAUCUCUUCUCCAGUGGAAGGCUCCAAGGACAAGAUGGAGUUGGAGGAGCAGAAGGGCUCGGAUGAGGACAUGAGUGACAGGUGUGAAACCAGCAGCGUUAGUAACAGCAGUGACGGUGGCCUGUACACCAAUGAUGAGGGGAGACAAGGCGACGACGAGCAGAGCGACUGGUUCUAUGAGGGUGAGCCGGGCUCCGGUUCAGGGCCCGGAGGAGCUUGUGGAAUAGCGGGAGUGGUUCCGUGGUGGGAGAGGGAGACUGGGUCAGAGGAGCUGGACCUAGCCGACCCAGUUUUUAACAGCAUCCUCACGGGAUCCUUCCCACUCAUGAGCCCUGGAGCACAGAGAGGUUUCCAGGCAAGACUGAGCCGUCUCCAUGGUAACCAGCAGGCGUCUGAGGCGGGGCUGCAGGGCAGCUCCAGCCAGGGCUUCAACGACAGACUGGGUAGACAAACCCAGGACUCCCAUGAGCCGUGGUUCAGCUCAGGCUCGAGGAGAGAACAUGGACAGUUGCACUGGGACCCACGGACAGACAGAGGGCAUCGGAGAAGCUGUUCGGUAAAAACAGCCAGCAGACAGACCAGCGGGCACCUGGGCUCUCUCUGUACAGGGGAUGUCAAGCGGAGGCGAAAAGCAGCCCCCCUCGGUUCCACCGCCCCUUCAGGAGUCGUUGGGGAAAACGCUCCUCCCAUCCCAGACACAAACAUGGGGAACCGCAUGUUGCAGAGCAUGGGCUGGAGCCCGGGAAUGGGCCUGGGUCCAGAGGGAAGGGGCAUCACUGAGCCCAUCCGGGCCACACAGAGACCCAAAGGCACAGGUCUGGGUUUCAACUGAACACUCAGUUUCUGUAUCCUGAACCUGAAGCAGACUGGGGACAAGGCUCUCCAAGAGCUACAAGGAGUGACGGAGAUGAAAUGCUGCUCAGGGUGAUGAAAAAUACAUUUUUAAAAAAGAUCCAGAAUAAUCCAGGCAUGUGAGUCAUAAGAAGGGAAGAAGGAGCGAGCCUUGUCCUAGAGUCUGAGCUGAAAGAGAAACUUUCCCAUAUUGGGGAAACUACAGGAAGCCUGGGAUAUCCACACAGACAUGAGAGUGAAAGACUGCAGCUGAGCUGGAGAAAAUACUUCUUGCAACCAUGUCCUCUCACGAAACUCCAUGUUGGAGAAAAUAAAUGACACUGAUGCCUCAUUGUUGGUGUGUUAAGCUGGCAUGCUGCCUCAGCCCUGUUACCUCAGAUGCCAGCGCCACAGGCCUCAGACUUGGGGUACUGUUGAUCGCAUACAGAGAGCAGCUCUCCAGAACGCGACAGUAAUGAAACUUUGUUAUGGUUUGUUUUCAGUAAGUGGUAUUGGUUAGUGAGUUAAUGAUAAAUGGUUCUGUCCAAUAUUGUAUAUGAAAUUUGGAAUCAAAGACUAUUUGAGUAGGGCCGUACCUCAAGAUUUAUUUUAAGUUGUUUUUAUUUUAAUGAUGAAGUUAGGGUACACUGUAUGGUUGCGUGACGGUAUAUCUGGAUGUUUUUUCCCAUCCAUUUUAUCGUACGUUUAAUGGAAGAAGUCAUGUCAUCAGAAUGUUUUUAUCUACCCAAAAACAAAAAAAGAUAAAAAUCAAGACCACAAUUUUUCCCCUUCAUUUAGCACCACUAUGUAUGCAUGUGCAGCUGUGGCUGCUGCAGGUUUCUGCUGACGUUUACUAACAAAACACGUGAGGUAAAGCCUUUCCAACGACUUCCUCGACUGUCCUAUUUUACCCAGUUUGUUUAGGGAUUUUAUCCUGACAAAUGUUUGUACUACACGCUGCAGUAUUAGCCUACCGUGGCCAUGCUCAGUGACUUUACUCACAGGUUAUAACAAAAUGACUCUAUGACUGUCAGGUUAAGCAUUUCAGUAUUUCCACCCAGGUUUGCAAAUUCUAGUGAAGCGCAGAAAAUUAAUAAGUAUAGCUUAUUUCAGUGUCUGCAGAAUUUGAAAGAAAAAAAAAGGAGUGUUGCUGUUGUAUUACAUUAAAAGGAGUGGAUGUGCGGAACCUACCUACAAUUAAAGCAAUAGAAGAAGCACUCUAAUUAUUAUUUUAAUUAAUGUAAUAUUUUUUAAUUAGUUGUUGAUCCAUUGCUAUUCACCUUGUUGUGAUACAUUAAUGAGUUUGUAUUUUGACUAUUGGGGAAUAUUGCUUAGUUAUCACACUGGCCUGCCAGCUUAGAUUAUCUUUUUGAAUAGAGAUUUGAAACAAAUUUAAAUGCAGUUGACAGAUUGAGGUCCAGAAGAACAUGGAAAUAUGAAUUAGAGGUUAUGCAGGAAGUAACUGUAACAAUAUAUUUUUUUCUUCUAAAGAGGUUGGAUUUUUGUUGUAACCAUGGAGCAGCAAAAUUACCUUUUUUUUUUUUUUUCCCCCAAACUAGGCCAAGGCCAAUUAAGUGUGAGUUGGGCUGUCAGUGACAGAAAAAAAGCAUUAAACUUGGAGACUGCCUAAACUGUGUGGCUGUUUCUGUCCUAUGAGGCCAAUCCUGCUAUACUAAAUCAUGGCCAAUGGCUCAUUUGAUAAUUUAUUUUACCUAGAGCCCAAAAGAUGCUUUUUUUUUAGGCCCAUACCCGGUGGUGUAAUUUCAUCUAGCAGUAGUGGAGGACACGUCCCAUCACUUUUCAAAAUGGUACUUUUGUCCCCUGCAUUUAGCACAUUGAUUUACCUUUUAGUAAAUAGCCAGUCCAGCCCUGUGCUUAUUAAAGAUAUCAGUAUUAACUGUGCUUAUAUCAAUGCACCAUUCUCACAGCAGACAAUGUGACCUCUUAUAGCAGGACAGAUGGACUUAAUUUAUCUGUUUCAGUCAGGCAGUACGUACAAUACCAGGAUUAAUGUAAUUAAAUACACCUGUGCUCUUCCAGCUAUGACAUAAAAAUUUCUGCUGUGAUAAAGGUCUGUAGAGUGAGGAGCAGCAGCGAGUUCCUCCCAGGCUACAUUCAAGUUGCCCUUCGUUUUAUUCUAUCUAUCUUCUAUCUAUUAUCAGGUCUAUAUCAAGGAAACUAACAAUUUCAUUUCAGUAUUUGAGAAUUAAAUCCAUAACCUUCUUCAAUACCGUUCCCUUAAAUUUGUUUAUUGAAUGUUUUUGACCAAAAUAUUUACACAUUAAAUUUUUUAUAGCUGAAAAAUAAACCUGACUGAUCUCUAUGAUAGAGAAACCAAAGAAUGUCUUUCUGUACUACAACAUCCUGUUUGUUAGUGGUUGAUAUUCACACCAAUACCGGAUUACAUUAUAUCUGUAAGAUGCUAAAAUGAGCUAGUUAUAUCGGCCAUGCCAACAUGUUGAUUGAGUUCUAAUUUUUGCCCAUGUCUGUUGUCUGCCAGUUAAAUAAAAGGAACUCUCCAGGUGAUA